AUGGGGAAAACAAAGAGUAUGUUUGAAAUUAAUUUUGUUUACAUUAAUUGUUGUAAAUUAUACAUAAUAAAAAAAACUCUUGUAAUGUUUGUGUAUUGUAGAGAAGCAUUCGAAAAAGAAUAAAAAGGAUAAAAUUUUAGAAGUCGGUGGAAUUAAGAAAUCAAAACAGGUAUUAGCAGACUACGAUCCUACUGGGCCUAUGACACUUUCUGGUCAAUUAUUUUCAUUUUGUGAUCUCAAACCCAUGCCAAUACAAGAAAAAGAUUUUGUAAGUAUAUACAUUAUAACAAAAUGCAAAUAUAUUUCUAACAUAUAUUGUUCACAUUUAGCUUGGACGAUGUCGUUUUGUGGGCGAGUUUGAAAAAUUGAAUAGAAUUGGGGAAGGAACUUAUGGUGUUGUUUGUAAGUUAAAUAUUUAAUUUUAUCAUCUAUCCAUUGCUAUUUUUAUCAUACAUGAAUCAUUUAAUGACUAUAAACAAUUAAAACUCCUUUCCAUUGUUAUGUAAUAAUAAGUGUCCUAAAUUAUUCUUUUACACAUUGGAACAACAAUUUUUUAAUUGCUUUACAUUUAGAAGAAUGCUUCUUCAUCAACUAUGCAUAUUUCUGCUCUCACAGAGAAUUGAGAUAAUUCGUGGCUUCUUAAAACACUGACGAACAUUACUAUAGCAGUAAUAUGUAAAAUAUAUUACGUCAAUACUGCUGAAGCAGUAAUCUUUUCAAUGGUAUCAAAUCACAGAAUACAGUAGACUGUCACAUUACAGCAGUCCAUACUGAGAAUUUACAUAGAUUUUGAAUGUAGAUAUAGCACUACUAAUAUAACAGUAAAAAUUAUAUUGCAAGUGUCUGCAAAUGUGUUAAUAUUACUUUUGAUUAUUUUGCCCCAAAAAAUAUUAAAUGUUGGUUUUUGUUUUGUUUUAUUUAUUAAUACAGUUAUCUACUAUAAUUUUUUAAAAAAAGCUGAUACUGCUAAUGGGUGUUUCCUGUUGCUAACAAAUAACAAUCCUCAGUAAAAAUUAAUUAGUUAUGUUUUGAAAUGCUACAAUUUUUACUUUUUUUCAAUUACUUCUAAAAAGGACCUAUUACUUAUUACCUACAUUACACCCAACAUUUUUUUUAUCACUAAGUAAAACUUAUGUACCUUAUGUUAAAUUUGUAAAUAUCUUUGAUAAAUAAAAAAUAUUGUAUUCGUAUCAAAAUCAGAAAAUGGUAUGUGCUAAUAAAACUAAAUUGAAAAUAUAAGGAAUCAUUAUUGUUUAAAUAUUCAUAUUUUCUCCGAUUAUUAGGAUGACUAUAAGGAAUAUCAAAAUUCACAAACUAUAUAAAAUUUACUAUCAAAAACCACAUCUGAUGUUUAUAAUCAGAGCAAGAUAUCUGAUAGAAAAGUUGUUAAUAAACAAAAAUAAAAAAAAAAAACUUGUACAUUUAUUGCUGCAUUUAGAAUAUAAAAAAAAAAAUACAAAAUAUAAAUGAAUCUGUUUACUGAGUACCUAUGUAGUGUUUCUCUCUACUAUUAUUUUCAUGCAUUUAUGUUUUCGAUAUAUAUUAAUGUUAAAUUAAUUUAAUUUUUUAAACUUUUAAGAUCGUGCAAAAGAUCAAAAAUCACCAGGGGAACAAAUUGUUGCAUUAAAAAAAAUUCGUAUGGAAAAUGAAAAAGAAGGAUUACCAAUGAGUGCGCUUCGUGAGAUAUCAUUAUUAUUGAAAUGUGAUCAUGAAAAUAUUGUGCGUCUUCAAGAAGUUUUAGUUGGCAGGGGUUUAGACAGGUAAAUAUUUUUUCCAACUACAAAUAGGGUUGUAUACUAAAUUAAGUGAAUUAUAUUUAUAAAAUACUGUUAAAAUUUGCAUUCGAAAAAACUUCGAAAUAUUUAAUUUUUAAUGCAAUAAAUUUGAAAUAUAUUUUUAUUUGCAAAAUGAAUGUAGUUACAUACUAAUAGUAUUAGGCUUAUUUGACUAUUGAAAUUAUGUGAGCAAUAUUGUUUGUAAAUACACGACUGUUUAUUGGUUAUAUAAACCUAUAUUAUUGUGAAGUACGUAUUACAUUACUGUUACAUGAAUACUAUAAUUUACACUUGUCUUCGUUUGGUUUUUAAAAUUAUUCAUUAUUUGUAUAGUAUAGUUAUUACAUUUGUUCUUAUAUUGUAUGUUUUAUGAAUAAUAUUUGUAACAUAUUUUUUUUUUACGUAUUUUCUAGUAUAUUUCUUUCCAUGGAGUAUUGUGAACAUGACUUAUCCAGUUUAUUAGACAAUAUGACUACUGCAUUCACUGAAUCUCAAGUGAAAUGUAUAUUUUUACAACUAUUAAAAGGAUUAAAAUAUUUGCAUUCAAACUUCAUCAUUCAUCGUGAUCUUAAAGUAUCUAAUUUAUUGAUUACAGACAAAGGAUGUGUAAAAAUCGGUGAAUGGAUUUUAUUUGAACUUUACUAAUAUUUUUAAAAUUAAUUUGGAUAUUUUAACAUUAAUUUUAAAUGUUCCCUUUAAUGUAAAGUUUAUACCUAAUAAAUAAUUGUUUUGUUUUUAAGCUGAUUUUGGACUAGCUCGCUUUUUUGGUGUCCCACCAAAGAAAAUGACAGCAAAAGUAGUGACACUUUGGUACAGGGCUCCUGAAGUCUUAUUAGGUUCUCCUAAGUUGACAAAAGCCAUUGAUAUGUGGGCAACUGGAUGUAUUUUUGCUGAACUUUUACGUAUAUAUUUCUAUUUACUAUUGAUUCCUAUUUUAUGUUACUUUAUUACAUAAUUAAUUUAAUUAUUUUGUUACAGUUCACAAACCAUUAUUACCUGGUCGUACAGAAAUACAUCAACUUGAUUUGAUAUGUCAACUUCUUGGCACACCUAAUUCUUCUAUAUGGCCAGAGUUUGACUCAUUACCUGCUCUUAAAAAUUUUACCCUGAGACCACAACCAUACAAUAAUAUUAGACCAAAGUAAUAUACCUUUUUAAAAUUAUACUUCCUUAUUAAUGAAAUUGUUGAACUUAUUAGUAAAAUAUGAUUUUCUUUUAGAUUCCCUUGGCUAUCAGAUGCUGGUUACCGCCUUUUAAACUUUUUAUUCAUGUAUGAACCGAGUAGAAGAGGAACAGCUGAAGAAAGUCUCCAAAGUUCAUACUUUAUUGAAGCACCAUUACGUAAUUAUAAAUUUUAAAUUUCAACUAUUUUAAAUUUUCCUUGUUAUAACCAAUUUAUUGUUUGGUGCCAUGAACAUGUUUUGCAGUGUACAAUAUGUUUAGAAUUGCAAAAUUAUAUUUUUAUUUCAAAUGAAUCAAAACACGUAUAUGUGGUUCGCAUGUUUAUUUUAAAUUUAAAAUAAAACCAUUCGAUUUUUUUUACAUGAUUUCAACGAACAAAUGUUCCUAUUCCUAAAAUAAUUCAUUUUUGCCUUUUACCAUAAGUUUAUGCAUUAUAAACCCAAGAAUUUACUAUAUGAUGUAAUAGGUAUUUUUAAUUUUUUUUCAGCAUGUGAUCCCAAAUUAAUGCCAACUUUUCCGCAACAUCGUAAUUUAAAAACUAAAAAACAAUCAAAUCAGCCAAAGGUUGCUCAAACGAUCCCACCAGUUGUACCGUCUUUAACGGACUUACUAAGGUAAUUAAUUAUAAUAUGACUGUUAUAAAUAAAAUAAUUAAUUAAAAUAUAUAUGUUUUAUUUUUUUGUUAUAGUUGGAAAUAG